AUGAACCACAUCCACAUCCUAAGAGCUGGGGAAGUGAAAGUCAAGAGCAUUGAAAACCCAGAGAAGAACCCCAAAGUCAUAGACAACUGGAUCGAGAGCAUUAGUGAGCUGCAUCGGUCCAAGCCUCCAGCUACCGUACACUACACAAGACCCAUGCCAGAUAUUGACAGCCUGAUGCAAGAGUGGCCGCCUGGGUUUGAGGAGCUUUUGGGGAAGGUGAAUCUCCCCACCGCAGAUAUUGACUGUGAUUUGGCAGAGUAUGUCGACAUUAUUUGCGGAAUCCUGGACAUCCCUGUGUACAAGAACCGGAUUCACUCACUUCACGUGCUGUUCACACUCUACUCUGAAUUCAAAAAUUCACAGCACUUUAAAUCUGUAGCGGAGGGCCAGAAAUCCGACACACCGCCUGCUUCACAAACAGCCACUGCUGAAUUAGAAAGACUCACUUUGGACUGAAGUCUCCUUCAUGGCCUAUUUUCAUACAUCCUGUUUCGUUCUUAGCUGUUGUGUCGCCAGUUGAAGCUGUGAAGUUACAUUCUGUUAUGCAUCUCAGAUUGUAUGAAUUCUUCAUAUGUUUAUGUUUGGCAGACUUGCUUUAGUAAAAACUAAUUUCUUCAAACUGUAGACUGGAAAUGUGUCUUCAAAAAUCAUCAAAUCUUCUCCAUAAUCCGCUGCCUAAUUAUUUCACAGUUUGCAAUGAAUUGGUCUUUUCUUAUUAAAAGGUAAA